CAGGGGACACUUCAGUCACGGGUUGAACAGACUCGAUUACUAUGUGGAUGAUAUUGCCAGGGGAGUCAAUGCAGUCGACAAAGAGCCAGAGAUAACCAAACAAGGACCAUCCACGGCCCUGGUCAAUGGGAACAACUGUAUAGGACCUGUUGUUGGUAAGAUGUGUAUUGACCUGGCUAUCGAAAAAGCGAAAUCGAGCGGCGUUGGAUGGGUGUGCGCUUCAGGAUCCAAUCACUUUGGAAUAGCUGGAUGGUACAGCAUACGUGCAAUGCAGCAAGGACUUAUAGGUAUGGCGUUUUGCAAUACUUCUCCAAACAUGGUCCACCCGAGAGGAAAGGAGGUCGAAAUCAAAGACAGGCUGGGCCAACAGAUUCCUGUGGGCUGGGGAAUGGACGCCAAUGGCAAGGCGGGUAUAAAGGCUUUGGACUGGGCAUGAUGGUGGAGUUGUUCUGUGGCAUCCUGAGUGGGUCAAACUUUGGAACUGGCGUCAGGAAAUGGACAAAUACUGGUUUUGAGAGCGAGGCUAACUUGGGUCAGUGUUUUGUAGCCAUUGAUCCGAGUGCAUUUGCUCCUGGGUUUGAGGGUCGUCUAUCAGAGCUUGUUAAGAUGGUCAAAACAUCAGAGCCGGCUGAAGGUCAGACAGAUCUUCUUGUGGCAGGGGAUCCAGAGAGAGCUCACAUAGAACUGUGUGAACGGCUGGGUGGAAUUCCCUAUCACAGGAAGCAGAUUGACUUUGCGGAUUUCGUGGCAGACAAGUACAGUGUGGAUCGCCUCGUGACGUCUUGAUGUGACUCGAUGGGAUGAUUAAUUAUAGAAAAGUAGCACACAAAAAAUCUGAAUUAAAACUACGUUUCAUGUGGGAUGGCCGUACUAAAAUAGACCUUGUAAGUAGCGAAUAUUGAUAAUUAAAAAGAUACUCUUUGAUAACCAAGCGUCAAAGGCAGAGCUCUUCUAUCUUUACAUUUAAUAAAUUUUGUGCUUUGAGUUGUGUGUCUUUUUGUCACAAAACAUGAUUUUGUUUGAUCAGAGGUAAAGCAGAAAGGGGCUUACCGAUAAUACAUAACGUUUUUUGAAAGUAAAAAGAAAUGUUUUAAAAAGCAAACUAGAUGUUCUUUGUUUAAUAUUAUUAAAACCUUUACAAAACC